AGUUAGUUGGGGAAAUGUAUUUGUUGCGGGAAAUCUGACUUAGUAAUCAUAUUUGUAGUUUUUUCCUCCGUUUAAAUAGCUAUAAACAGGUUCUUAAGUUUGGGUUCCAUAUUAUCUCCAAGUCUCUUCUGUAUGUAGGAAAAACAUAUGAUAUCUGAAUGGUUGCAUAUAUGUAGGACUGCAAUUUUGAAAUGCGAUUAUAGCAAUUCAAGUACAAAAGGAAACAUAACAAGGAAUAUUUGAAUGUCUUGUUUUUGGACAUUUAGUGAAGCAGGCCGGCAACACAGUGACAAACGAUGAGUCUUGUCUCUAACUAUUAAGUAAUAAAUUGUGGGUUUGUUUGUUGCUGUUGUUGAUAGAGAACAAAUAUAAAAAUGGAAGGAUCAACAACAGGAGAAGUUAGGCGGGUUCAUAUCAUAUACUUCCUCAGCAUUAUGGGUCACAUGGAGCAACCGCAUCUCAUUCGGGUUCAUCAUCUCAAUCGCACCGGAGUCUAUCUGAGAGAUAUGAAAAGAUGGAUGGCCGAGUUGCGAGGAAAACAAAUGCCUGCAUCAUUUGCUUGGUCUUACAAGAGGAGAUACAAGAGUGGUUAUGUGUGGCAAGAUUUGAUGGAUGAUGAUCUCAUUACCCCAAUUUCUGAUAAUGAAUAUGUCCUCAAAGGAUCACAAAUUUCUUCUUAUGGGGAAAUCACAGAAAAUGUUAAGGUUGGGGAAGAGAAUCAAGUGAAAAGUUCAAGCCAAACAUCCCCAAAAGCUAGCACAAAAAUGUCACCUCUAUUUAGUUCAGAAGGAGAUGACAAGAAGAAGAGCAAAAGCUACUCAAAGAUGGUGCGAAACCUCGUUACUUGUGGGGCUGUCGAUACUAAUGAUAAUGCUUUGCUUGCGUUUAACAAAUCUACGACUCAACACAAUGCUCGCAGGCCGCGUUUUGAUCAACGCAACACCAAACUUAAUAAUCCCACAUGCUCGCAAUGCGGCAAGCGGUUCAAACCAGAGAAACUGCACAUGCACAUGCAGUCCUGCAAGGGAAUGAAAGCUUCUGCAAAGAAAAAAACUCAUUCAAUGAAUCAGCUCAUAUCUAUAUCAUGAACAACUAUACAACUACAUUUUUCAAUGAACAGCUUCAAAACAGUGCCUGCACAACAAUAGAUCGGCAACUUCAGCUUAUAUCCCAAAUUUGUAUAUUGUGAAUGAGAGAAAGCUGCUGCAAAUCAAAUUUGUAUAUUGUUAAUGAGAGAACUGCAAAUCAAAUUUAGUUUGCUAAAA